AUGUAUUCUGCGUCCUCUGACACAGCCUCAUUGACAAGUCGUAAUACGUUUCUGAGCUCGAGCUCAUUAUGGUCUAAUAUUUUUGAUGAACGCAUUUAUCAAAUUUGUAAUCUCGUUCAUCCCGGGCUUCCAAUUGAAACUGAAGCUGUUCAACAAAUCCGAUUGUUUCUUCAGAACAUUGUAACCGAAAUAGUCGAUCAAAAAUGUACAAGUGUUGUUGAAGUCGACAAAGUCUCGAAACGAUUGUUCGGCGCAAGUCUCAAUUCGGUCGUCAAAGAUGCUUGGGACAACAUGCAAGCCCAAAUGCAAAAAGGCUACAAAUUUCAAAAAUCGACGAAGGCCAUCUUUGAGAAUCAGCACAAGCUCGCCGGCUACAUCAAGGAUGUUCUGGGAACCCGUGAGAAGGAGAAACGCGACCGCGAUAAAAAGGAAAUAGAUCGAAUGGCCGCUUAUAUCUAUUAUGCGUGCGAAAGUGUCACCGAGGAUAUCGUGCGAUUGACCGGCAAUUAUGUCAAGAAUAUCAGGAAUGGCGAGCAGAAGAUCACGAUGGCGAAUUUGGAUGUCGCUCUGAAUGCUGAUCGUGCGCUGAUGGAGUUGCGAACCAAAUUGAAGAAUGAAGAAGAAGCUGAAUCUCCUGGUGGAUUUGGAUUCCUUGCCGAGUUUGAUGACUAUGUUGCUGAAGAAUUCGAUCCGAAUCAGCAGAGUAACUCGAAGCAGACCUAUGAAUCGGUUUCCGCGGAAUUUCUGCGCGACGAGCGUCGCUUCAUACGAGAACUCAAUCGAAUCAACGUGUUUAAACGGAGAAUGGAAUCAGUUUUAGUCGAUGAUGAUAAGCAAUACCUCACGACACUGUUCGGCAAUAUUUCGGAGAUUUAUGAAUUGGCGAUGAAGAUUGAGCGAAUUUUGGAAGAUGCCAUUGAGCUCAGCGAUACGCAAUGCGUUGGAAUGGGCAUUUGGGAUCUUGCAGAAGCUUAUGAGUUUGAUACGUACACUACUUAUUUAAUACGUGAAACCGAUAGUGGCGAGCGAAAACUUGCAACAUUUGUUAUCAACGAUAUGGUGGAGUUCAUUGUGAACACACCGAGAUUUGCUCCCCUUUUUGAGUCUGAAGAUAAUGUGUUUAAUAGCUCACUUGAUGGUCCAUCAUUCAAAUUGGCUCUUCAAUAUGUUUUGCCAAAUCUUUUGCAUAUUCCGUUAUUCCAUAUUUUCCAAUAUAUUGAAUACAUAAGUAGACUCACAAGGUUAUCGAAAAACGAAGAGGAUAGAACGGAUUUGAAAAAUUGCCAAAGUAGCUUGAUGAGUGUUCGAACUACUGUUGACACAAUGUGCUCCGAGCAUCCUGAAAUGAAGGUCAUGAUAUCAUCGUUCCUGGAGCAAAUAACCAAAAGUGAGAAAAUCUACAAUGUCAAACGUCUUCACGAAAUACAAUCUUCAAUUGAUGGCUUCACGGGAAGUCCAAUCGGAAAAACUUGCAAUGAAUUGGAGCACGAAGGAGAUUUGAGCAUCAUAAGACCUUCACUUACAUUUUCACCAGAUGUAAUUAAAAAUAAACGUUGGAAAACUGAACGUUAUGUUUACGUAUUUGAUCAACUUAUUGUACUUUGCAAGAAGCAUAGAAAUUCGCAAAAAUUCAAAGAUCGCCUUCCUGUCCAUUCGAUAGAUGUUUUUGAUGUAAAUGAUUAUGAAGGUAUUCCGCAUUGUUUUCGAAUUGUGUCGCGCGACAAAUCGUGCCUUCCCAAAACGUAUUAUUUUGUUUGUAAAAAUGCGGACGAGAAAAAACAAUGGAUGACGGUUUUGGUGAAAGUCACAAGCAAAAGUGUUCUCGAUCGAAUUUUGGAUAAUUUUGAAAAAGAGGAGGCGAAAAGGAUACCGCUGGUGAUUCCUGGCCCUGAACAAUACAGAUUCGCCGAACCGGAUUCUGAUGAGAAUAUUUCGUUUGAGGAUUACACAUCGAGCAGCGGAAUACCGGUUAUUCGAAAUGGAACCGUGUUGAAGCUUGUGGAGAGGCUUACCUAUCAUUCUUAUACUGAUAGCAAGUACAUUCAGACAUUUUUAAUCUCGUAUCGAUCGUUUUGCACACCAAACGACUUUUUGAGUUUACUCAUUGAACGAUUCAAUAUUCCAAUACCAAAUAAAUUACUGCCGCAACAUUCGAAAUCAGGAGGACCAUUGGCUGGUCGAUACGAUACAGUUCAAUCCCAUGGAUUGUCGUCCAGCACGUCAUAUUCGCCAAUUUUUGAGCAGAGCUUCCAAAGAUUCCGAAAAGAGUAUGAAAGACCGAUUCAAUUAAAGGUUUUGAGCGUUAUUAAUCAAUGGGUGAAAUUCCAUUGGUACGAUUUCCAAUGCGAUUCGAGUCUCCUCGAAGCACUUGAAAUAUUCCUUCAAAAAUGUAUAGAGCCGCGAGAGAAGCUCACGAAACAACACAAAAAGUUUUGCAAAACGAUUUUGGCGACAAUUGAGAAGCGUGUGAAGAAUCCGCCGAGUUUUUCGAAUGAUUUGGCUCAAAAUUGUGGCGAUGAGGGCCAUGUGAAUGGCGCGUUCGUAUAUGGAGAAGACCAUCAACCAACGGCCUAUGCAAACGAGGAAAAUGGAGAGCCAUCGUUUGUAUCGAGAAAGCCUGAGCCAGUUUGGCAUACUGCCCAAAAAGGAGAUAUUGGGAAUUAUGAUUUACUCACAUUGCAUCCGUUGGAGAUUGGAAGACAGCUGACUUUGCUUCAUUUUGACUUGUAUCGCGCUAUCAAACCCAUUGAACUCGUCGAAGCCGCCUGGACGAAAGCUGAUAAAUAUCGUAAAAGUCCACAAUUGUUGCGGUUGACCGACCACUCGACAUUGCUCACUUAUUGGGUGUCUCGAUCAAUUGUCGAAACGGAAUCGUUGGAGGAGCGAGUGGCAAUGUUCAAUCGAGCAUUGGAAGUGAUGUCGGUUUUCGAAGAGCUUCACAAUUUCACUGGACUUGUCGCAUUCUUUGCGGCACUCCAUUCAGCGUGCCUUCAUCGCCUUAGUUGGUGUUUCGAUCGGCUCGACAAUGAGAAGCAGAAGUGCUUCUCGCGAUUCGCAUCUCUUUGUGAUCCUCGAUGGGUUGAGAUGAAGCAUCGACUGCAAACCAUAAAUCCGCCAUGCAUUCCGUUUUUCGGUCACUAUCUCACCAAUAUUUAUUUUUUUGAGCAAGGAAAUAGCACGUUUGUCAAGUCGAAAGAUCGAGAGAAUUUGAAUACUUCGGAAUCAUCGGAUUCGAACAACAAACGAGUACUGGUCUCGUUUUUCAAAUGUCGCCGCAUAUCCGAUUUGAUUCGCGAGAUUCAAAUGUACCAAAAUGAGCCUUAUUCGUUGACACUUGAGCCGAGCAUCCGGUCGAACAAUAAUGGAAUGCAGCGGCAGGCGGCGCGAUCAAAUGGUUGCGCGAAGUGCGACUUCCUUCCUCUCUUCCAUUGA